UAAGUAACUAUUGGUCUGAGAAAAAAAGUUUUUUAAAGUGUCCUUCUUUAAAAUAAUGCACUUGUCUGAUUAAGUGAUGUUUAUCCAUAUUUAUCAGUUUCAGGGUCAAAAUGCUGAUACUCUAAAGACCACGCUAAAUCUUUCCAACACAGUAAUGAUACAUUUCAUAUUGCUUUUCAGUCGACAGGGGAAAUUACGGCUGCAGAAAUGGUACACGACUCUCCCUGACAAAGAGAGGAAAAAGAUCACCCGGGAAAUUGUCCAGAUUGUUCUCUCUCGUGGUCAGAGGACAAGCAGUUUUGUUGACUGGAAGGAACUAAAACUUGUUUAUAAAAGGUAUGCUAGUUUAUAUUUUUGCUGCGCAGUCGAAAAUCAGGACAAUGAGCUCUUGACGCUAGAGAUUGUGCAUCGUUACGUGGAGCUGCUGGACAAAUACUUUGGAAACGUCUGCGAGCUGGAUAUUAUCUUUAAUUUCGAAAAGGCUUAUUUUAUCCUCGACGAGUUUAUAAUGGGUGGAGAAAUUCAGGAAACGUCCAAGAAAUCUGCUGUCAAAGCCAUUGAAGAUUCUGAUAUGUUACAGGAGACGAUGGAAGAAUAUAUGAGCAAGCCUACAUUUUAACCGCGCGUCUACUUGAGGACUCCCGAGUCCCCCACGCUGUGAGCCUGUCAAUUAGCAGAACCUGCCGUCCAGUUCCUUGACGAGUUUCUGGCAGCAUGCCAAAAAUAACCUAAAAGGGAUCCUUCGUUAACUAGCAAUUAAGUUGUUUCACAUAACAUAUUUAUCGUUAUUACAUAUCUGUAUUAUGCUGUACGUAACUACUUAUUGUGGCUCUGGAUGUUCAAGCAACUGCUUUAUGACUCAGUAGGCUGGGUAUGUGUCUACCGUGCUUUAAUUCCAUGUGAUAUUUUUAAGCUAAUUUAAGUAAAGGUGUUGCAAUAUGUUUAUUGUUGCAUUCCAUUCUCUACUGACAGCUGAAUAAUAACCCAUGGUUUUGAACGUGAAAUACAUGUUGUAUUAUGAGUAAUUCUUUUCUAAAUGUUCAACUUUUUAAAUUGUAUAAUAAUUCAGAAUUAUGUUAAUAGCUCAGAGUUCAUACAUAAUGCUAGACAUUGUUUUGUUUUUUUUUUUUUUGGAUACACUUAGUAAAAUGUAAAUUUCAGUCCAGAUACAAUGUAUCUGAUUUUAAUGUCCUGCAUUCUUUAUUUUUUCAGGGUUGGAAUGAAGGAAAAUAACCAAAGAUAGUAAGGGACGUAAGUGGUUUUGAUAUCAUGGAAGCUGCUAUCUAGUCGAGAUUUUCAUUUUACCUUUUAAUUGAAUAUAAAGGGCAUUCCACUAUAAGGUUAUAUUUUCCUAUAAACUCUCUGUAUUUAUUAAGGAUUUCAGACUUCUGGAGAUACAGUGUCUAUGACUUCCCUUAUUAUAACAAUAAUAUAAUAAAGAUGAAUAACAGUAGCAGUAAUUAUAAUAACUACUACUAUUUUAAUAAGUUUUAAGGUUCCAAGCACUUAGCUGCUUGAGAGAUUUUGCUUCAAACAUGUUUUAAUGUGUAUCUACUAUGUUUGACGACUGAUUGCUUAUUAGACUUACUUAUUAUAACAGCCUAUAUAGUAGAUGCCCUUCCUCCUUUUUUACUUCCUCAUGCCCCGAAUUAAAUAUUUGCUGCUGAUC